AUGUGCGUGAGGCAAGCGUGCACGAGGGGUCUGUGCACGUGGCGGGCGUGCACGAGGCGGCCGUGCUCCAAAGCCGGACUUAGCCUUGUUACUCGCCGCCGGCUGCCGUUCUCUCGGGCGGCGUGUAAUAGAAGUGUCCAAUUAAGAGUGGAUUUGGCGAGGUGCGAUCUCGCUGCGGUCUCGUUGCGGUCCCGCGGCGAGUCCCGCGGCCGCUGGGCUGUGCAGAGCGAGGGCUGUUCGGGAGCGAAGGCGUGGAACCGGUUGUUUAUUGGCAGUGGAUGGAAGCACACGGGAAACACAUGCACUUUACACGACCACGCCCAGCUGCGGCCGCCGCGCCUCCUCAGCCGCGCCUCAUCAGCCGCGCCUCCUCAGCCGCGCCUCCUCAGCCGCGCCUCAUCAGCCGCGCCUCCUCAGCCGCGCCUCCUCAGCCGCGCCUCCUCAGCCGCGCCUCAUCAGCCGCGCCUCCUCAGCCGCCGCAGAGAGCUAGCAUCCAUCUCCCUGAUAGCAUCGCGCCGCUGUUAG